CUCUGCCUUCUCCCCAGCGAAGCGUCAGCUGGCGGCGGUGUGUUUGUUUGUGGUGUCAAUUUUGCAAAAUUUAGCCAAAAAGAAAGUCUAGAAAUGAUCUAAGAUGAUGGAACAACAUAACUAGAAGUGAAAUACCGUGGAAAUUCAUCACUCAUUGUGCGUAGAGAGUGGAUUUAGGGACGGAAGCCAUUCGUAGAGUGCAUCCACCCUGUGACGUGUGCUUUCCAGUGACGUGAUUGGAAGGGCACACGCACGUUCCAGUAGCAAGAUGGCGGAGUUGUUCGACAAGUAUGUCUGCACAAAUUGCCAGGAGGAUAUUCAGGGAAUUCGUGUCCACUGCUCAGAGUGCACAGACUUCGAGCUCUGUCUGCAGUGCUUCGCCGCAGGAGCAGAAAUUGGACCCCACAGAAAUGAUCACAACUACCAAUUCAUGGACACGGGAGCGCUUUCAAUUUACAGGGGAAAGGGUGGAUGGUCGGCGCGCGAGGAAGUGCAUUUGCUGAAUGCCAUCGAGCAGUUUGGCUAUGGAAAUUGGGAGGACAUAAGCAAGCACAUAGAAACUAGGAGUCCGGAGGAGGCGAAGGAAGAGUAUGUCAGUCACUUUUUGAUUGGCACGAUUGGGCGACACACUUGGCAGUAUGCGCUGGAUAAUCAGAGGCCCCACCUGAUGGACCACACGUCUUCGGAAGACAACGGACCACUCAGUCAGCUGGUGACUCAACGUCUUCCGCCGAUCGACGUUCAGCCGGACGAAUCGGCACAGCUGGGCUACAUGCCCAAUCGCGAUGACUUCGAGCGGGAGUACGACACGGCGGCGGAACAGCUUGUGUCCUCCCUCUCGCUGAGCGUCGACGACGAAGAGACUGACAUUGUCCUGAAGCUGGCACAGGUGGACAUUUACACCCGACGACUGAGAGAGCGCGCUCGUCGGAAGCGCCUCGUGCGAGAUUACCAACUCGUGGCGAACUUCUUCAGAGGUACGCUGCGAAGGACACGAUAUUCACGGGAACAGCGAGAAAUGCGCGAUCGCUUUCGUGUCUUUGCCCAAUUCUACACUGCCCAUGAAUUCGAGCGCCUCUUGAGUUCUCUGGAUCGCGAGAAGGCGCUCAGGAUUCGACUGAGUGAGCUGCACAGGUAUCGAUGGAAUGGACUGACGAACAUGGACGAGUGUGUUCACUUUGAGCAGCACGCAGCUGUGGCGCCCCACAGAAACACCGGUCCGUAUGGCCACGGACGCACGGACAACCGGUCAGCUUCCGAGCGUCAACAGGCAUUGUCGUUACACUUGCCGCAAAUAAGAAAAGGAGAAAGCGCCGCAGUCGCAAGCUCAAGUUCCACCGUCCCAAAGUCCAUGCACCACAUCGGCGACCCGGCCUCCUCCGACGCCUCAUCGCUCAACAGAAGCUCCUUGGAUAGCUGUCGGGGAGCGGCGGUGUCCGUCGCCGGCGGAAGCCGCCAGGGUCAGCCGGCGGGAGCGCCAGCAACGGCGCCGGAGCCACUGAGCUCGCAACCGGGAGGCAAUCUUCUGUCGUCGAAUGAGCUGAAGCUGUGCGCCACUCUCAACCUGCCACCCACGCGAUACAUAACACUCAAGACUGUUUUACUGAGUGGAGCGUCUCGUGCCAUCGACGCAAAGGUCUCACCGCUGGAGAACUGCGUCCGGGAGUAUCUCAUGAAGGCAGGAUGGCUCUCCAGUGGACAGUAGGAUGGGCGCGGAUACGUUAUUCGCUCAUUUCCAUCGUAAGCUAGUUUUAUACGUGUACCUAUAUUGCGAAAUUCUCACGUAAAAUCCCGUAAAUCUAACUAAAUUCGUGGUGAAGAUGAAGAUGAUGUUGUGACGAUGUGUAUUUUGAUGAGAGGACUGAUGGGAGAUUUAGAUAGGUGGCAUGUGAGCUUAGUGGAUAGGUGAAUUAUGAAGCCCUAUCCCACGGAAAGCUCUAUAAUAUGUCUAUGUAAUUUAUUCUCAACGUAGAACGUCUUAUAGGUGUAACCUCGAUGAGAAAAAUAAAGUGAUUUAUUGAAAUGGAAAAA